UGUGAGUGUGAUAUUAUGCGUUUGUUCAGGACUGCGUUGUCACGUAGGGACCAUGAUGGGUGUUUGAUUGCAUUCUGAUUUUGACGCUUUUGGUGCAUAAUGCUUGCUAGAUCAUACUCCAUGGAUAUUUCAUUUUAAUAUUUAUUAUAUUAUCACCUUAAUUCUUGCUCAGAUGAUAAUAAUUAUCAAAAAGGACCCAAGAAAUUAUGACAGCUGAAAGCAUUAUACAGUUGAAGUGAUGCUCAACAUAAGAUUUGAGCUGAUUCUGAUUCACUCACCUACAAUAAAUUUUUUGAAUCUCACCUUUUUUAUAGUGAUGGUUGAAUCCUUGGAAGAGUAUUUGAUCACACAUUUCAGCGACUUUCAGCUGGCAUGUUUGGGCAGUUUCUUUCUACACGAAAGUGUUUUCUUCUUAUCUGGACUCCCUUUUAUAUGGCUUGAGAGGGCUGGGUGGCUGACCAAGUAUAAAAUUCAGGCAAAAAUUAAUAGCCCUUCCUCUCAGGGAAAAUGUAUUAUUCGCUUGUUGUUGUAUCAUUUCGGUGUCAACCUACCUGUUAUGAUUUUUUCAUAUCCUGUCUUCACAUACAUGGGCAUGCGGAGUAGUCUUCCACUUCCAUCCUGGAGAGUAGUUCUAGCUCAAAUAAUCUUUUACUUCAUUUUGGAGGAUUUUGUAUUCUACUGGGGGCAUAGGGUAUUGCACACAAAAUGGUUGUACAAGCAUGUACACAGUGUUCAUCAUGAAUAUGCUACACCAUUUGGACUUACUUCUGAAUAUGCUCAUCCUGCGGAGAUACUUUUCCUUGGAUUUGCUACCAUUGUUGGUCCUGCUGUCACUGGGCCUCAUUUGAUAACUCUUUGGCUAUGGAUGGUUCUUAGAGUCCUUGAGACAGUUGAGGCACAUUGUGGUUACCAUUUCCCAUGGAGUCCUUCAAAUUUCUUGCCAUUGUACGGGGGUGCUGAUUUUCAUGAUUAUCAUCACCGGUUGUUGUACACCAAAUCUGGAAACUACUCAUCAACAUUCACUUACAUGGAUCGGAUAUUCGGAACUGAUAUAGGGUACAGAAAGUUGAAAGCAUCCAAGAGUGCAGAAAUUGAAUUCAGCAGGGAACAAAAGAAAAAAUGAUGGAGCAAAUUCUUAGGAACCCUUGCAAAAAUUAGAAUUUUGAAUUCUCAUCCUGAGGGUAAAAUUAGAAAAAUGUCUUGUAUUCAAUGUGUUUUUUUUGUAUUCAAUGUGUCAUUGUGUGUUUUUAGCUGUUUCUUGUCAACAACGUGUUUUCUUUUGGACAUUUAAGCUUUUGUUAUUUAGAAGAAUUCGGUGACAUUAGUUUUGGUUGGAUGGUUUUAUCCCAUUGCGCGUCUAAUAUUCUUGAUUCCUAUUCCUUGUUGGCGCACAUCAUUUGUAUUGUUUGAUUUGAAGUGAGUCUAAGUUCCAUUCUCACUCUUAUUUAUAUGGAUUUCUUUGUGUUUAGUUUAGU